AUGGCGCCUCACGGAGUUCCGCUUGGCAGCCUCAAGGAGUGUCUCCAGUUCCUGGAGUGGUUGAAAAGGUAUGAGGCUAUGCAGGACAAGGUGGCCAGAGAACUGCAUGGGCGUAUCAAGCAAUAUUUUCAAGAGAGUAAAGAUAUUUUCAACCUAGAAAACGUUAAGCUUGGCUUGACCGCUUUCCUCGGCCACGUGUCAGCGUUCUACACGAGGAAAAACCCUAAUGACAUCGUAGAUGCCCUUCUGGAAUGCCUCUCCAAGUUCCUUGCUGCCAUAUACUUUCUGGAGUACUGCGUAUAUCACAGUUACGAGAGACUUGGGGGCGGUGGUUGGAAACAGAACUGGCCUGCGUGGAAUGAUAGUCGGUGGGGAGGCCAUCUUGGUAAAUAUCUCUACGCUGACUCCGGCGACGAAACACACGGCGUAAUACCAGGGGGGUUCACUUACGGCGAUGUGAGUUAUUAUACACUUGGGCGGUCUUACUACCAAGGUUCCUAUAUGGUUUUCGACCUACAAAAAAUUUUGAGCAAACAGAAUUACAAUUUCUUCCGCAGCGUGUUUGUCACUUCCGUCAUUGGAGAUGCGGCCAACCGUAAAGAGAACGCCGCGAACGCUCUCUCGUUGAUCAGAACGUUCUGCGAUAUUGUAGGAGAAGCAGACCCAGCGACCGGCGGAAGCUUGAUAAGAGCAUUAGAUGCCGGCUUAAAAGAACAUGUGAAAUCCGAUCAAACCAUAUGCUGGAAAGAAUUGAGAGAACAUUGCGCUCAGCUUAGAAUAAAAUUUGACAGAUUCUCCAAAAGGGAUGAACGCUUUGACUUCACCGGACAGGCGACGGGUACCAAAAAGCUCAAGAAAGAGGAGCUUGCGAAGGCAACUGCGGAUUGGAUUAGAACAUAUCUGAACAUAGUGCGGAGAAAUUUGGUGAAUAUUAAUACAGAUGCAUCUGCGACCAAACAUCUUGGAGAUUAUUUCACGAAACAUUUCUUCCCCUACGGAUUCACAUUUAAUGGAGAAGCUCGGUUCCGAAUACGGGGUAACAAGUUAAACGGAUUGAAACAAGAUUGGCGUGAGGUGAUCGAGGAGUUUAGGAGAGACGGUGACGGCGAUUUGGAAAGGCUUAAAGAGAUUUUAAAUGGUAAGAAUAAAACAUUGUGUCCAGUAGACGAGCCCCCCAAGGAAAUUGUGCCGGAGAAGAAAGUUGCCGUUCCGAAAAAGCCAGAGGUCCCGCCUGCCAAGGUUCCUGGAUCCGAGCCGGCGAUGACUGUCCCCACCAAAACAGAGGCCGCAAAACCUGUGGUCACCAAGGCCGAGGCGGCAAAGCCGACUGCCACUAAAACAGAAGGGAAUCAAAAUCAAGGCAAGAAAGCGGAGGGAGCACAGAACCAGGGCAAGAAAAGUGAGGGAGCACAGAACCAAGGCAAGAAGGGUGAGGGAACUCCAACUCCUUUGUCUCCAAAUCAGAAUAAUGGUCAAAGUGAAUCAAAGUCUCCACCUUUAUCAGAUGUAAAGGCUCUUGCUUCAGCUCCGUCUCCCGGUACUUCAGGAGGUCAAGUACCGCCAGGGCCUACUGGUCCAGUGGAUCUGGCGUCUUCUUCGACUCAAGAUACAUCAAGUAAUCAAGGUGUUAAAGUUCAAACUCCUAGUCAACCUCCACAUCAACUCCCUCCAGGGCCUCCCUCUCCACCGCCUACUCCCCCUCAAGUCCCUGCGAUCACUCAGCGUCCGAAUGUUUCAGGUCCAGGCCCUGGGUCAACUGUCGAUCAGGGGAUUGGGCAAGAUGCUGAUCAAGAUGCUAGUCAACAAAUUACUCUACAAACAAGUCAAGGCUCCGGUCACGAUUCAAGCAGCGUCACUCCUACGUCGGUUACCACGGCGGCUGGUGGAGGUGGGAGUGGGAAAGCUGCUUCCGUUGUUAAACAAACGUGUUCCGAUGAUCAACUUCCAGCUAUAGAUCUUUCUGGCAAAGAUAUCUGUCGGCCUAAAUCUACGACGUACCAUCGCAAGUCUCUAUCUUCAGACCUGCUAAAAAAGCUAAGUGAUAUAGUUCCGCAAAACGAGUACACUCAAGCCCCUAAAAAAUCCAAACCUGUCCAAACACAAAUUCCACCCCCCCUUUCAAGUCAGCCCAGUCGCCCCGAUUCCGGAGAUUACAGUCAGCCCACUGGUGGUCGCCCUCGCCAUGGGAAGCCGUACUAUGUUCCGGGAGAGGGGCGGCCCGGGCAGGGGAGUCAGAAUGUUCAACGUGAUAUUCCUAUUAAUCUUCUGCUCGAUGUAGACGGUGCAGUUGUUAAAGACAAUCCCAAUACUAAGCUGCAAAAACAGAAAGACCGUAUCGCGGUCUUUCAUAAUGCCUACGAAAAUUCAAUUCGUUUGCAGUCAGAUCGAAACCGCGAAGAAGAUGGUAGACUACAAGAUCAAUUGGAACAAAAACAAAAACAAGCAGAAGCUAAUUGGUCAAUAAAAAAGGAACAUGGAAACCGCAUAAAGAAGCACAAUGAUGAUGUAUACAGAAUACAAAAAACAUUGGAAACAGGCAGAAUACGGUUGUCCCAGAAAAAAGAAGCGAUGCAAAGAACGAUGGAUGCCGAACGUAAACGUCAAGAGGCAUUAGAACAAGCCACAAAAUUACGCAAUUUUCAAGAAGGAAUAAAGAUUGAUACAAAAGUUCUCAACCAACAUCCCGAAAGGCCCACUUACCCCGGUGCUGCAAGAGUGGAAGCGAAAAGAAGCGGUUGGUCCCAAUUCAUUCCUGUCAAAAUCCAAGUACCUGAUCCGACACCCGAUGAUCCCAUUGGCAACGGCAUAUUAGGCGGCAGAGGCUUACAGGAUUCUACGUUUCCUCCUGUAUCCAGCCAUAUUGGCGUACCUAUGGGUUACCCGUUAAAGCAUAAGGCCCCCCAGUGGCACGACCCGCCGCCGCCGAGUAAACCUGUAGCCCAAAUGUAUCAUGCGCUGCCUGAGGGUGUUGUGUUAUCUCACAAUGAGCAGCGUCCAAAGCGUGUGUUGACAUCACGUGCAACUGUCCACUCCCCCAUGCAAGCUCAAGAAGUUGAAAUUGAUCCUGCAUUAAUAGUUUUAAACGUCACUGGCAAAACUCUGGAUGGCCAUCCUAAGGAUGGCGCUGAGAUCUUCCCGACACCCUUAACACUGGAUGCGACCCCUGUACCUGAUCAUAGGGAUAAGAAGCAUUCCGUUGACAUAUACGAGCAUGUUGUUGUUAAGCAUGAUUUGCCACUAACAGACAUUCUCCCACAAAAACGCCCGCCACCCAUACCGGCAGUGCCUAAAAAUGCUUUUCAUACGCCCGCUCCAUUCCACUCCGAGAUCAGCAAGCCACCUCACUCAAUCACUCUAUUUCCCGGUGACCCUCCCUCGGUAACCCAGGAUGACAUGUCUUGUAUGGCACCGUGGAUGUUGCAGCAGCCUGGGCCCUCAAAGAAUGGGCACAAUGACCUAUCUCCAUACCCGCCAGACGCCCAGCUGACCAUUCUCCAGCCAUCCAAGGUUACCCCCAGGACAGUGCGUGAGAUGCUCUACUGGAUUGCAGGGCUCCGGCAUUCCGCAUUCUACAACGGCUUGGAAAAAUAUAUUGCGCAUUCAAUUAAGAAUCUUACUGAAGAUGCGGCUGCGUCAUCCAGUGACAUGGACACCCUACAGUUGGCUGCGUUUCCAGAUCCUAUUCUUGUCAAAAACGUCACUAAGGCCUUGCGGCUCAGCUGUCAGUACAGUGUUAUUGCGCUUAUGGGAAUUCAAGGUUUGAAUGAUCCGGGCACCGCAUAUAUGUCCGGGCAUUAUAAAACAAUUCCCCAAUUUGAAUAUUCCGCCGACCCCGCCCGCCUCCUCUGCCAGCUGCGGGACUACGUGUACGCCUGCUACCACCAGUUGACGUUCCUCAAGGUGCAGUGUUCUCGGGAGCAGUCACAUGGUGGUUGGAAGGAUUGUCAAUAUGGCAAUAAUGUCCCCAAGUCCCCACUCCAGGCCUUUUUGACUGACGCCGCAGACUCCAAGUUCAAGACAGAUCCCUUCGACCCGCGCGAUAUCUGCCGCAAGAGCCGUGUCAACAUGGGAUUCACAAAGGAAGAUUUGCCUGCAACUCACGAAACUGGCAACGUCCUUCUCACCAUCCUCUCUCCCACCUGCGGCGGCGAUGAUCCCCUGCUGACAUUGUCCUCGUACCUCACCUGCCUCACCAGGCGGACGCCGCGCACCACCGGGGAGCUUGUCUCGUUCUUCCACAAUUUCGGGAAUGAGCUUCACAAGCUUCCUCCACAGUUGUCUCCGCUGGGCUCCGCCCUCUCCCAGCCACAUGACAACUGCCCCGACUGGGACCAUCUUGAGGCCGACGACCUCAAAGUCAUCAAGGACGCCCGGGGCUCCGGCCCUCCCACCGCCAUCCACGACAAGGACCAUGCCAAGACCCUGUCCACGCUGCUUGGCUGCGACAUCACCAAUGCGCAGUGCCCACAACUCAUGAAGCCCAUCACCUACCGGGCCUACGCCCUGUACUCUUCCAGCUUCGUACACCACUACCUCAGCUGGGUGGUGCAUCUGACCGACAGACUGUGGGAGUCACUGACCAAGCUGCACUGUGAUUUCGAGAAGCUUCAAUGCCCCGGCUCCAAGCCCCUCCACCAGUGCCCCGAAGCCCUGCCCCUCCUCUACUCUCACGGGUUCACGCCGCCGGAGGGCACAUCAAAGCCGUCACUCACGUGUUCGGAGCUCGUCGCCAAGCUGGAGCAGGUGGCCAACGGACAGCCUAUCGCAAAGCUCAUGACCGCCAUGGACCUUUUCCUCUAUCGCAUCCGUGCGCCCUUCCUAUACACUGUGUUCACGCUCUGGCUCACCGCCACGCUCUACAUCGUCCACGCACUCCUCUUCCGCCUAGACGUCCUGCGCAUCCGUUCCCACCUCCUGAGCUCCAAGGCGUCCCACCUCAUAGACGUCAAGGCCUUACUCACGAAAGGCCGGAAGAUGCUCUCACUCUACCGCGACGUGGACUACUUCGACGACCCAGUUGGCUGGAUUGGACUCUAG